GCUUGGGUUGUGCCGGGUGCUCUUCGGCGCGCACACGCACACACCACCACGAUCGAUGAAGCUUCACGUGGCAGUCACCACCUGCUUGACGGCCUUUAUUAUUCUCGACAACGGCAGUGCCUCGGCCUUCUUGGCGCCAACCCGAACGCUACUCGUUCCUUCUAUUUCAUCAUCAUGCGCAGUUCGCCCAUUUGACCCAAUAUCCAGUCGGCGUCCUGAACACGUAAUAUCCAUACGUUUCCCGUCUCCUAGGCGGGGAAUAGCAGCCGAAGCGGCUCUUGCCGUGCCGGAGGUGGCUUCGGUCCUACAAGAUGAGCUUCGAAGACUGUGCGCCACCAAAUCCGAACCUGGCCGCGAGGCACGCAUCGAGGAAGUUGCCAAGGAGCUGAACGCCCUCAACCCGACGAAGGAUCCCGCACGGUCUCCUCUGUUGGCAGGAAGGUGGCGGAUGCUUUACAGCACGGUGCCGGGACCUUCCUCCGGGCGACUUGGGCCGUUCGUUGGCGACGUGUUUCAAGAUAUCCGCCCCGACGAGAAGAGGAUUAUCAACAUCUUGGAGCUGGGACCAAGCUGGGCUCUGAGGGGUGCGUUGGAGGCCGACGUGGAGGUGCUGGACGGCAACAAUUGGGCGAUAUCCUUCGACGUGGUGUACAAUAACUUCGCGGGCGUGAAGGUGCAGGAGAAGAAGUUCGACCCGGUGGUGACAGAGCGGCGAAUCUGGAGCAUGACCUACCUCGAUGACGGCUUCCGAAUCUUGUACGGCCGACAGGAAGCGAAGUCGGCGGAGGAAGGCUUCAUCUUCGUCAUGGAGAGAGACAGGCAGUAAAUAGUUGAAAGAAGAGAAGGCCGGAGCUUACUUUCGACUCUGGGGGGGUGUUUGAUCCCUGCUGGGGGUUGGUUGCUUUAGUUGUUUGCAUGCACGGAAAGAUUGUUGCCCUUGCGUCGAAACGGCCCAAAACACCACCGGAUGGCACACACGGUGCUGGGAAAUCAUUUCGGCCCGACUGUCACUUUCGUACGAAGCACAGCACUAGAAGCAAGGAGACAAAAACAUACUCCACGCAACAC